AUGAUCACUAUAACACCCUCUGAUAGAAAACCCACACCACCUGCUGAUCUUAGGCCAUAUCCUUGUGUGAUUCUUCUAACAUCACGUGACAUCCUUCCAACAUCCUAUGACAGGUUUUCAGCAUAUUCUAACACCCUCACAGCAUUCUGCGAUAUUCUUCUAACAACGAGUAAUAAUACUAUUCUAGCACCCUCUUACACCUUUCCAACAGCCGCUGACACUCUUCCAGCAUCUCCUGACACCCUUCCAGCAUCUCCUGACACCCUUUCGGCAUCUCCUGACACCCUUCCAGCAUCUCCUGACACUCCUCCAACGUCCCCCACCCUGCUAGGAUCUCCUGACACCCUUUCGGCAUCUCCUGACACCCUUCCAGCAUCUCCUGACACUCCUCCAACGUCCCCCACCCUGCUAGGAUCUCCUGACACCCUUCCGGCAUCUCCUGAUACCCUUCCAGUACCUCCUGACACCCUUGCAGCAUCUCCUGACACCCUUCCGGCAUCUCCUGACACCCUUCCAGCAUCUGACACCCUUCCAGCAUCUCCUGACAUCCUUGCAGCAUCUCCUGACACCCUUCCAGCAUCUCCUGACACCCUUGCAGCAUCUCCUUCCAGCAUCUCCUGA